GCGGCUUCGGCUCCUCGUUCGGGAAUCUCCGGAGGCCCGGGCUCGCGACCGGAAGUGCGUGUGCUCGCCUCAGCCUCGCCUCCCCGCUCGGCCCCUCUGAGGGGGCCGCGGCCUUGUCAUCAAUCCUACUUAUUGAGCGCCUACUGUGGGCAGAGCACUGUACUAAGCGCUCGGUUUGUCGGCUGGAACCGGACCCUCAGCCUUCCCGCCAACGGGGCCCCCCUCGGGGGCACGAGAAGAGGAUGUCCCUAGAGCCAUCAUCCUCCUCCUCCACGCCUCUCCUCUUCCCUUCCCCUGUCCUGGCCGGAACUUCCGAUCCUCCUCCCCCCUCGACCUCCCCGCCUCCCAUGUCUUACAUCACUUCCCAAGAGAUGAAGUGCGUCCUUCACUGGUUUGCCAGCUGGUCCGGUCCCCAGCGCGAGCGCUUCCUGCAGGACCUGGUGACCAAAGCGGUGCCGGGCAAGCUGCAGUCCCUGCUGGAUAGCCUGGAGCAGCUCAGCGUGUCCGGACCCGACCGGCCCCCGCGCAUCUUCGAGUGCCAGCUGCGCCUCUGGGACCAGUGGUUCCACAGCUGGGCCGAGCAGGAGCGCAAUGUGUUUGUGGGACAGCUGGAGGCCAGCGAGCCGGACUUCGUGGCCCGGUUCUACCAGGCGGUGGCCGCGACCUCUGGAAAAGACUGACGGGGCGGGGCGAGGGUCCGGGAAGGGAUUUCUGUCUUGCGGGGUGGUCCGGGAGCAACACUCAGACCAGCAAGCCGGACAGACCGACCGGCCCAGGCUGGAGGUUUCACCCCUCACCACAGAGCACCCGGGCACCUGGGUCCCCGAGGACUGGACUCAGACAGGUCACCCCGAGCCCCAAGGCUCCUCCGGCUGCCCCCCACCCCCCUCCAGGACGUUGGGGCGGGAGGCGUCUACAUGUGACUCCACGUGAAGUCCAGGGGCCAGGACCAAGCCCUCCCUGUGGCCGGCUCCCCCAGGGGAGGAGCCAGUUGUGCUGGCCGGGGCUCUCUUUCCCGGAAGAGAUUGGGAAGGUCAGGAACGAUGACGUUCUCCUCCCCCGUAAUCUGGCGUGACCGAGCUUCCCUCAGCUGCGGGCCAGCCUGAUGUGGAGCGUCAGCGAUUGGGGGAGGGAGAGAGGAGGAAAAAGCUGGACCACAUCGCCCUACACUCAGUGCAGACGGAGGGGUGUUCGGUUUGCCCAGGAAGCCAAAGAGCGGGGACUUUGAGUAAAGGAUGCCCAGA